AUGGUCAUCUGGUUUCCUAUAUCGACAUUCUUCUUCCACGAAGGAAAGAUAAAAAAUAAGUGCUCCAAAGUUGUGCUUGUGAUCUGGCUAAGUAUGAUUUUCAUAGUUAUACAGAUUUUCACCGCUACUUUGUCCUCAUGGUUAACUCUAGAUCAACUACGUCCUAGAUUGCCUCCAUCUUUUGAAAAUGCUGGAUACCAAGAUGGUUCCUUUUUAAAAGAUCUUAUAACCGAAAAAUACAAUUGUUCUGGCAAGCAGCUUUUACCUCUCAAAAGCGUUGAAGAAUAUAAAAGUGCUUUGACCAAUGGCAGCGUAAGUGCUAUUGUUGAUGAGCUCCCCUACAUCGAACUCUUUCUUGCUAAGUAUGGCUCUAAAUACAUGAAGUUUGGACCAAUAAACCAGGAAUCUGGAAUUGCAUUUGCGUUUCCACGUGGAUCUCCUUUAUUGCAGGACUUUUCUAGGGGAGUCAUUAAUGUCACAGAAAGUGAAACUAUGAUGAAAAUGAAGGAAAAAUAUCUUGGGUUCUCUCCUGCUGAUAAAUCACAGCCUAAUCAAGCCCCACCACAAAGUCUUGAUGUUCAGAGUUUUAUUGGAUUGUUCAUAUUCAUGGGGAUUGUUAUCAUAGCGGCUAUUGUCACAUCAGAAAUUUCGAUUAUGCGUAGAAACAAGAAAGUCCUUCCUAUAACAUCAUCAAGUGAUACAUAGAUCCAUUUAUAAAAUUACAGUACGUGGUGGGGCCAACCAAUGAGAAGAAACAGUUAUCUAAGCUGCAACAUGCAUGUAUUUCAAGACGAAUUCUGGUUAAGUUCACUUUCAUUUGCAAAAGUUGUGUUUCUUUCGCAUCAAACAUGGUACGGAAGAUCCCUAAUUAUUGAAUAGCAUGUAUAUAUUUAAGUAUGUGC